AUGGAGGAGCAGAGGUCCACCUCCUCUGGUCUCCGCUUGGACCUGAACAACUUUGACUCAGCUGAGGCAGAGAAGAGUCGGUAUGUCUUAACGAGCCCACGCUCUCUGGAGUCCUGUGCUCGGUUGGGUAUCAAACCGGUUGAACUCUUAAUCAAAUCUCUGAAUGAGCUGAUAGCUGAGCAGCAGGAUUUGCCCUUUGAGGCUGUAAGAGUCAUGCACGAGUCCUACGAAAAGGAAAGAAACAAGCUUUUACAAAUGUGCCGGGAGGAGAGGGAGAGGAUUAUCAGGGAGGGUUGGGGCAGGUGGCCACAUGGUGGGAGAGUGUCAGCCCUGGAAGCGAGGGACGAUUCAAGGCUUUCAACAGGACCAGUCCUGUAUGCAGAUCUGUGCUUGAAAGGGAAAACUAUGAGCAGAUCGCCAUGUAACUCCCACAAAGACAGAAGUACGGUGUGCAGCUUCAGCCUGGGAGACCUCAGACACUCCCCAAAGACUGAGAGGAAACUGGCAAAGCUCACCAAAGACAUCAAGAAGGAGAUGUGUGUGACUUUGCCUGAGAAAGACCGCAAGAUAGCAGCUCUGAUGCUGGUGAAGCAUGAGGAGGAGGAAGCCAGUCUGAAGUUCUCACAGCAAGAGGAACAGGAGAGGCAGGAGGCAAGGAGGCAGGAGGAAGCCAGGCGUGCCCAGGCUGAGAAGAAGAGACGGAGGAAGCUGAGGCAGAGUAUGAAGCGUUGGUAUGAGGAGCUGGAGGCCCGCAGGAGACUGAGAGAGAGGCAAGAGAAGGAGAAAAUGGUACAACUGAAGCAGGAGGUUGUAAUGCAAGAGGACAGAUGGAGAAGGUUGAAGGAGGAGGUGGAGGAGCAGCGGAAACAGAAGAUGGAGGCUGCACAGAGAGAGGCAGAAGGACGCAAACGUUACCAGGAGCAGCUGCUGAAAGAGAGGGAGGAGCUGGAGAGAAGGGAGCGAGAGAGGGAGAGACAGGUAGCAGCAGAGAGGGAGCAUAAGGCCAGGAGGAGCAGAGCCAUGCUGGACAAGAAAGAGAGGAGGAGGCUGCAGGAGGAGAAUCGUAAGGAGCUGCUCAAACAUGUUCUGCUCAAACAGCAGUUGGAACAACAGCUGGAGGAAGAGGAGGCGCAGAGGAGGAGCAAAUUAGAGAGGAAGCUUCAGCGUUCCUGUGAGAAACGGGCCAGGGUUACAGAGGAACGGCUGAGGGAGCUGAAGGAGCGGGCAGCUCAGGAGGAAGAGCAGAUUCAGAGAGCACAGCUAAGGGCAAAGCUGCAAAACAUCCAGGAGCUCACACACAAACAGAUCCUGAUGGAGCUGAGUCAGAGACGCAUGGAGAGAGCCGCCAUGUACGCCGCCAUCCAACGCCAUUCCAGAACCCUGCAGACACAACAACACAACAAACACAGACAGCUGUGCCACCAGAGACUUAGGGAGAGCAUCCAGAGAGAGGAGGAGGAGGAGAGGAAGGUCAGGGAGAGCAACAUCUAUAUGAAGGAGUGGAGGAGGGAGAGGUUAAGAAGGCAGAGGGAGCAGAUACAGGAGGAGGCACACAGGCUGGCCCGGGCCUGCUUCCACAUGAGGGACAGAGUGAGGCAGCAGACACACAGACGGACGUUUGAUCAGAUGGCUCUGGAGGCUCAGCUGACUGCCUCCAUGAGCCACAUGAAACUAUGA